UGGGGGCGGGGCCUGCAGGGGCGGGGCCUGAGGCGGGGCUGGCAUCCAGCGCCUGCCCCGCCCACCCCAGGCUCUCCGACGCCUUUAUCAACAUUGAUGCCGAGGGGGCUGGGCCUUCGGAGAUAAGCUGGUGGGGGGGUGGGGGGUGGGGGGCGGGGAGGAACAGAGUAGCGCUGAGAACCUUGGGAACCUGCGGGGCGAGGGUGGGGGCGGGUCGCGGCGUCCCGGGGCAGGAAGAGGUCAGUGGUACGAGGGGGUCAUGGCCAGGUCGGUGCUGGGUGAGGCAAGCCAGGCUCAGUCCCCUUCUGACUCGAAGCCCGGAUCCGUGGGAGGGUGGCCGAACCGGAGGAGCGGUUGACAGAGCUCCAUUCUUGCUCCGGAGGAUGAAGGGAGAGGCCGGUUACUCUCUCGUCCUUGUAGCAUACUGGCUGCCUGUGAUCACUGCUCUGGGCCUCAGUUUCCUCUCUCUGUGCCAAGGGCUUGAUCCCGUGGAGUUGUCCACACCAGACACAAAACAAUGCUGCUCAUCUGGACCCCAGGCCAGGCCCUGGGCCCACUGCCACCGCUCCGGGCCUCGGGUCACAGAUUACAGGGUGGGGCGGCUCUGGAGUAGGGCAGUUAUGAGAGACUUCCUAGAGACCCAGAGAAGUCUAAGGGGAGGGGCCUUGGAGAGUUCCUUGUGCCCCCACCCCGCAUUAAGCUGCUGAGGCUGCAUUGUGCCAGGUGGGGUGUCCUGCCCACAACGAGGGCGGAGGGAGGUGCCGUUUUGGUUGAGUCAGGAAUGUGGAAAGGGAGCCAUGGGAAGAUGUAGGGGAGAGGCUUCCAGGCAAAGGAAACAACAAGUGCAAAGGUCCAGACACUAGAAUGAGGUCCGCGUCUUAAGAGACACAAGAAUCCUGUAGCUGGAAUGUAGUGAGAACUGGGGACAGUGAUAGGAGAUGCAGCCAGAGGGACAGGCAACUGGGGAUUUGAUUUUAGGGAAGCUUCUGGAAAGUUUGAAGCAGGGGGAUGGCAUGAUCUGAUUUAUGGUUGAAAGAUCCCUCUGGCUACGGCGGGAGGAUGGAUGUAGGGACCAGGGAGAUCGAGAGAGGAGCUCGUGCUGCCAGUUGGUGUGAGAGGCUGCUUUCCAGAGCAGGGCAGGAGUUGUGAGAGGGCUGGCCAGGCUCAGGGGCCCGGAUGAACCAGCCGCUGGCCAGUCUGCUGGGUGUGAGGGGAGAAUAGGAACCCAGGAUGGCUCCCAGGUUUGGGGCCUGAGCAGCUAGAUGUUCCUGCCAUUUCCGGAGGCUGUGAGGAGGUAGAUCUGAGAGAGGCCUGACGUGGAUGUCAAGUGUGAGGGCAGACAUGCCAGGACAGAUGGGACGAGAUAAAGGAGACAGAUGGAGGCUGGGGGAGUUCGGGAGGGGUGGGAGUUGGGGUCAGAAGAGAGCGUUUCCAUGGUGUUUACAGCCUGGGGACUGGAACUUGGGAAAAAAAUAGAAAGGAGACGGCGAAGGAGCGGAGGCUUGUGCCUGCUGACAUUUAAAGGCCCCAAAGGAGGCGGCCGGUGCGGUGGGGAGAAAACUUGGGCUGGGGGAGGUUUCAAAAGGAAAGGUUGGUCAGCGGAGUUCCUGGUUGGUGGAGGGGAAAGGUAAGGUGAAGACAGGGAGCCAACCCCCAGCUUUUGGGCUCUGGGGACUAGGAAAGGGCCAUUUCCAGGGAAUGAAGAACAAAGACCAACCAGGGUGGACUGAGAGAGAAAGUGAGAUGAGGUGGGGAGAAGUGACUGCAUGUGAUUUUGCUGGGGCCCAGACAAAAGGAGUCGGGAAACAGGUGUGCACAGGCAAAGAGGUGGAGCCAAACACAGGCACCUCACAGGCACACACGCACAGUCACAGAAAGGAACAGAGGCUCAAAAAGGCAUUCUCCCACACACGAGGUCAGACACACAGACACACACAGGGGCUGGCCAAGUGCCUUGUGACACGGGCCUCCCUUCACACACAGGGACCCAGUAACUCUAUCUGUUAAACACAGUCACACACCGGCAGUAGGUCCUCCUGGGCACAGCUGGACCCAGAUUUCCUGGAAUCCCCUCACCCUGUGACAGAGAGCAGUGGGGGUGAGGACUGGACAUGGGGAAAGGGUCUUGGGACCAAUUGGCAGCUUUUUUUUUUUUAAGGGAUUUUUUAAAAUUAAUUAUUUAUUCAUUUAUUUUUGCCUGCGUUGGGUCUUCGUUGCUGUGCACGGGCUUUCUCUAGUUGCGGCGAGCAGGGGAUACUCUUCGUUGCGGUGUGCGGGCUUCUCACUGCAGUGGCUUCUCUUGUUGCAGAGCACGCUCUAGGUGCUGGGCUUCAGUAGUCGUGGCGCACGGGCUUAGUUGCUCCGCAGCAUGUAGGAUCUUCCCGGACCAGGGAUCUAACCCGUGUCCCCUGCAUUGCAGACGGAUUCUUAACCACCGCGCCACCAGGGUAGCCCCCAGUGGCAGCUUUUAGCCGUGUUCCCGCACUGGAAGGGGCAUCCACACCGGCUGCACCGUGGCUGGGACUGAGGCCUGUGGUCUAAGUUAAGGAUGGCCGUGCCCCUGGAGGUUCUGGAAGGCUCUGUUUUCCAGCUCUUCCCCCACCCCACAAUCAGGAAGGAAAGGAGGGGGUUAGCCUAGGCGUGGAAGCGGCGUGUUCCCUGCAAGGGCUGGACUGGCCUCUCCCACGAUGGGUAUCAGGGCUCCCUGGGGAGGGCUGUGCCGGGCAGCGAGCCCGAAUUGGGAUGGGGAGGGCAGCAGAGAUGCAGGAGGGAGCCCUGGCCACCUUCCCCCACCUUCUGAAGUGACCUGGGUCUCGCAGAGCCAGACUGCCGACCCCCCCGAACCAGCCUUGGCGCUGCUUCCUCCUAAUGUUUGCUGGGGUGGCCUGGCCUUCUGGAGGUCGGGGAUCAGGGACUCUCAGAAGGGAAAUCACAGUGGAUUCCACACCCCACAUCUUGGUGCAGCCCAGGCCUCCAUCUCCCGCUCUCUCUGGCCACUGGUACCCUGGAGGUGAGGCCUGGCAGUCCAGCCAGGGGAAGGGGUUGGCUCUCAGAGAGCUGGGUUAAUAUUUGUUGACUGACUAACUGAUUGACUAAGUGUGAAUGCCCCAGCCCGACAAGUGCUGGGGCGUGUCCUGCUGGGCGGGAACAGGGAUUCAGUUACAGUGUUGGGGAGGGCAAUGGGCAGAGCCUGGCCCCGAGCCAGGCCCAGCACUGCCCACAGGCAGGGUGAAGGAACGAGCAGUUUCCAGCAGGUAGGCCGGGCAGGGAGGAGACUGGGGGGCCAGGGUGGGGAGGGCCGCCCCAAAUGGGGUGUACCACGUCGGGUCACUGGGCUCGGGGCUGCCGAGGGGCCGGUAGAACUGGGAAGGCAGCGAGCAGCCCAGCAGGUGAGGGCACUGGUGGAGGCAGGGAGGCUGCGACCAGAGCAAUCCUCAGGGGCAGGAAAGUGUCAGAUUUUCUAUGGGGUGGGGGGGCGUGUCUGUCUCCCAGAGUCCAUACACCUGGGGCCGGGGCCCUGUCCCUCCCUCCCACUCCAGCAGGCAGUGCCCCCCCGCCCCCUUCCUGGAAGUCGGGCAAAGUGACCUCAGGGUCCGCCCCUUCUCAGGAUCCUCAGGAGGCGGAAGUUACACACCUAGGGGAGAAAAAGGGGCACCAGAGGAGGGAGGAGGCUCUGGGUAGAGGGAGGGGCGGGGGGUGUGGAAGGAGGGGGCUCCGAGGGAGAGAAAGGGGCCCCUGGGUGGGAGGAGAACCCGGGGAAGGGAAAAGGAGGCCAGGGGAGAGAGAGUGCAUUGGGGAAGGAAAGGGGUGUGAGAGGGCAGCUCCAGGGGAAAGAAGGGAGGAGGAAGGGAGCACAGAAAGGGUGGAGGGGCAGUCAGGAGAGAAGGGGGCACUGGGGAGAGGGAGGAUGCAUGGGGGGAGGAAAAGGGCACCCAGAAAAGGAGGGGGCACCGGGACAGAAGGGCACGUCAGAGGAGGAACUGGACAUCUGGGAGAGGAAGGGGGCCAUGGCUGGAGGGAGUGAGCCCCCAGGGAAGAGAAGGGAGCUUCCAGUAGGAGGAGAGGAUACCUGGUAGAGGGUCCCCACUCGGGGUGGAUGAUGGAAGGGGAAGAGGGGACACCCUCGGGUGGGAAAACCUGGUGGGUCAGAAGGGGCACUCUGGGGAGGGCAGGGGCCUCCUGAGGGAAAAGGGACUGCCUGGAGGAAAGAAGAGGGUGCUGGGGAGAUAUGGCCCCCACCCUUUGAGCAUCCCUUCUCCAUCCCCCCAGAAUCCAGUUGGAAGACAGGUUACAUGGGAUGAGGCCUCAGGCCCUGGGAGCCUGAGAGUUUGGCUCUGCAGGCUGGCACUGGAUAUGCGGGCACCCUCCAAGCUCCCUGGGGAUGAUGCUGUCCCUACCCCAUGCAACCAGCCCAGUCCCAACUUCCUGGCCGCAGUCUGACUUCCCUGCCCCAGAGGGAGCCCUGGUGACCCCUGUGCUGAGCCAACCAAUCUUCCUGUCACUCUGUCACUAUUUCACAGUUACAGCUCCUAGUCUGUACCUCUGGUCACUGCCUGCCUGUGCCCUGGUGGUUGUCACUAAUCACUGCUUCUGCCCGUCACCGCCGAAUGUCACUACCCCUGUCACUUGAUGUCACCACGUGUUUCCUGUUGAUUGAGACCACCGUUACAUGGUCACCGUGUCUGCCUGUCACUCAUGUCACUGUCACAGCAACAGGCCAUCACUGCGACAGCAGUUCUGGGUGCAGUUAGAGCACGUGGUGACUCCCUUCUCUGUCCGCUUUCACUCCUGCAGUCAUGGGCUGAGAACCUGCCAGGUGUCAGGCAGCAGGAGCCGGCAGUAAACCAGGAGGACAAGCCCCUGGCCCCGGAAUCCAAUGCUCUAGUGAGGGAGGCCAGGCCGUCAGCACACAGGGUCUCCAGUACGGGUUCGGGGGGGCGGCUCUAGCCCCAGCAGGAACCCCCUCUGCCCGCCCUGUUCUGGGCAGCUCCCUCUUCCACCCCACCUCACCCCACAUCCACGGCCAUCUUGGCCCUCUUUGAGAGGGCUGGGUGUUUCCCACUGUGAGCUCACCAGGGCCUGGGCCCAGCCUGGACAAAGACGUAAGGAAGCUGGGCCACUCGGUGCCACCUGCCACGCUCUGCCUCUGAUUCUGUAACUCUGUAUCUCCCCUCCCACUUCAUUUCCCCUGAUCAUGCAGGGUCAAGGUUGUUCCUCCUGCUGAUAUAGCACGGCUAGAGUGGAGUGGAGAGGGGAGGGGAGAGGAGUGAACACCACACCAGGGCCACUAGGAGUGAGAAAUUCAGAAAGAAGGGACUUCUGGGUCUAUUGGGCAAAGCAGCAGCAAGAAGGAAAAGUUGCAGCUGGCAGGAUUUAGUUUACACGUCGAAAGAAUUUCCACGGAUGAAGGAAUGACCAAGCCUCAUGCAGAGGUUUCUGAAGGAGGGAUGCAGGGAAGCCCGGGGUCGUUGAGAGUCACCUGCCGACAUGAAACAAAAUCCAGAGCCCCCUUCUUCCCCAGAUCCCUCUCAUUCCACGCUUCUCUCUCCUGUGCACACUCAGAACCACAGAGCACGGCAAAGUUGCUGUUUGCAGAGCCAGUGGCUGUUUGCAGUCUGUGUGUAUUAAGCGUUCAGCUGUGUUUCAAGAAUUUGAGAAUGUUUUGGUUUGAUCUAUGCAAACUGCUCAUGUCAGCUAAGCCUGUCACUUGCUGCAGAGUCUGUCAUCUUCAGAGACAGUCCGUGUGUGCAGAGUCUGUCCUGGGUUUGCAGAACAUGUGUCUGAUCUGCAGAGCUUCUUUCUGUCCUGAGCCUGUUUUGAGAGUGUCUUUUUUCAGAACCUGGGUCUUUUUAAACAGUCUGUCCCUCUUUCUUCAUGGAUAAGAUAUGCUUUUAUUGCAGAAGCGGCCCUGAACGCAAGCCUAUCCCUGUCUCUGGAGCUUGUCCCGCGGCCUUGGCUGGGACAGCUCUUUCUGCCUAAAGACACCGUCCCUGUCUAUAAAGCAUUGUCUGUUUACAGUUCCUGGCCCUGUCAGCAGAACCUGUUUCCUCUGCAAGGAGUAUCUCUGUCUCUAGACUCUGUCCCUAUUCAUAGAGUCUUUUCCUAUUUCAGAGCCUAUUCUGUCUGCAGAACCUGAGCCCUAUUUGUACAGUCUGUGACAUUUUUCAGGGCCUUUGCCUAUUUGCACAGCUUGUCUCAACUUCCUGGAUAGAAAUUCUCGUCUGCUUGCAGGCUUUCCUCCUACGAAGAGUUUCUCACCUGCCAUGGGUCACUGUGUCUGGGAGCACCCCUGUCUUUCGACAGAGCACAUCCCUGUUGGCAGAGCCCAUGCCUGUCUGCACAGUCUACUCCUAAUUCCAUGGGUACUUGUUAACAGAACCUGUCCCUAUUCAUGGAGCCUUUAUCUCUCUCUAGAACUCAUCCUUUUCUAAAGCCUGUCCCUGUUUGCCGAACCUGGGCUCUCUACAGAACCCAGCCCCGUUUUAAGAUCUUGCCCAUGUCUGGGGCAUCUGUGCUGGAACAUGGAGCUGAUUUCCCGGCCGGCUCCUUUCAGCACAUCCUGCCCUCUCUGAAGACACUGUCACUGUUAACAGAGGCUGUCUGUUUGCAGAGCCUGUGUGGGCUUACAAAACCUACCCCAAUCUGCCAAGUCUCUGUCUAUACAGGCUUUGUCUGCAGAGCCUGUGUCUUUUUGCAGAGCCCGGAUUGCUCUGCAGAGCUCACGAUUGCUUGCCCAGGCUGUUCCGAUCUCCUUGUUUGCAGGAUUUGAGGCUGUUUCCCAAGGCUGUCCCUGCAUGCAGAGCCUGACCAUGCCUAGAGAGCUUUUGCCUGUUUCAGAGCCUGCCUCUGUCUGGCAAGCACUUCUCUUACUGGUGAUGCUGUGUCUCUUUGCAGAGCCUUGCCUAUCUACGUGCCUGUUCAUAUCUGCAGAGCCUGUCUCUUCUGCAAAGAGUCCCUGUCUUAAGGGUUUGUCCCCAUCCACAUUUGCAAAGCCUUUCCCAAUUCUGCAAAACCCCUCCACACCUGCAGAACCCGGGACUGUCUGUAGAGCCUUUCUCAGUGUUCAUAAACUUUACCUGUUUGCCCAGCUUGUCUGAAUUUCCCUGGGUCCAGUCUGUGUCUCUUCACGUAGGUCAUCCUUACAAAGGUGGUCCCUGUCAACAGAACUCAUCUUUGUCAGGAGAACCUGUGCCUGUUGCAUCCCCUUCCUGGGUCUGAGGAAGCUGUCCCUUUUCUCUGCAGGAUGGACACCAACAGGGGCCUCCCAGCCAUCGAGAGCCACAGGGACCUCCACAUAUGGAUCACUGAGAACCUGAAGAUGGUGCCGGUCCCCGAGCGGGCUUAUGGGAACUUCUUUGAGGAGCACUGCUAUAUCGUCCUGCACGUCCCCCAGAGCCUGAAGGCCACGUCGGGGGCACCCAAAGACCUGCACUACUGGGUCGGGAAGGAGGCGGGUGUGGAGGCGCAGGGUACGGCGGGCUCCUUCGUGCAGCACCUGCAGGAGGCGCUGGGUGGCGCCACCGUUCAGCACCGCGAGGCGCAGGGCCACGAAUCCGCCUGCUUUCGCAGCUACUUCCGCCCUGGAAUCAUCUACCGGAAGGGAGGCCUGGCCUCUGCCCUCAAGCACGUGGAGACCAACGUGUACAACAUCCAGCGACUGCUGCACAUCAGAGCGGGGAAGCACGUGUCAGCCAGCGAGGUAGAGCUCUCCUGGCACAGCUUUAAUAAGAGUGACAUCUUCCUGCUAGACCUGGGCAAGAUGAUGAUCCAGUGGAAUGGGCCCAAAACCAGCACUGCUGAGAAGGCGCGGGGCCUGGCCCUGACCCGCAGCCUCCAGGACAGGGAGCGUGGUGGCCGUGCACAGAUUGGUGUGGUGGAUGAUGAGGCUGAAGCCGCUGACCUCAUGCAGAUCAUGGAAGCUGUGCUGGGCUGCAGAGUGGGCAACCUGCAUACCGCCAUGCCCAGCAAGAGUACUGACCAACUGCAAAAGGCCAACGUCCGCCUCUACCAUGUCUACGAGAAGGGCAAGGAUGUGGUGAUCCAGGAGUUGUCGACCUGUCCUCUGGCCCAAGACCUACUGCAGAAGGAGGACUGCUACAUCCUGGACCAGGGUGGUUUCAAGAUCUACGUGUGGCAGGGACGCAUGACUAGCCUCCAGGAGAAAAAGGCUGCCUUCAGCAGGGCUCUGGGCUUCAUCCAGGCCAAGGGCUACCCGAGCUACACCAAUGUGGAGGUGGUGGACGAAGGCGCCGAGUCGGCCGCGUUCAAGCAGCUCUUCCGAUCGUGGUCUGGGGAGCAGCGCAAGAACAAGCACCUCCGCGGAAUGGGUAAAUUACUUCAGGUGAAACUGGACGUGGGCAAGCUGCACAGCCAUCCUGAGCUGGCGGCCCAGCUCAGGAUGGUGGACGACGGCUCUGGGAAGGUGGAGGUGUGGUACAUCCAGGGCUCACGCAGGCAGCCCGUGGACCCCAUGCAUCACGGACAGUUGUGCGCAGGCAACUGCUACCUUGUCCUCUACACGUACCAGAAGAUGGGCCUCGACCAGUACAUCCUGUACCUGUGGCAGGGCCUCCAGGCCACCGCACACGAGAUCAAGGCCCUGAAGGGCAACGCCGAGGAGCUGGACCUCCAGUACCACGGAGCGCUGGUGCAGGAGCACGUGACCAUGGGCAGUGAGCCCCCUCACUUCCUCGCCAUCUUCCAGGGCCAGCUGGUGAUCUUCCAGGGGAGCGCUGGGCACAACGGGAAGGGGCAGCCAGAGUCCGCCACAAGGCUCUUCCACGUACGAGGCACCGACAGCUACAACACCUGGACCCUGGAGGUGCCAGCCCGGGCCUCAGCCCUCAACUCCAACGAUAUCUUCCUGCUGGCCACAGCCAGCCUCUGCUACCUCUGGUUUGGGAAGGGCUGCAGCGGUGACCAGCGUGAGAUGGCACGGACAGUGGUCACCGUCAUCUCCAGGAAGGACAAGGAAAUGGUGCUGGAGGGUCAGGAGCCUCCCCACUUCUGGGAGGCCCUGGGGGGCCGGGCACCCUACCCCAGCAGCAAGAGGCUCCCCGAGGAUGUGUCCGACUUCCAGCCACGACUGUUUGAGUGCUCCAUCCAGACGGGCCCCCUGGUCCUCACGGAAGUGGUGUUCUUUAGCCAAGAGGACCUGGACAAGUAUGACGUCAUGUUACUGGACACCUGGGAGGAGAUUUUCCUGUGGCUGGGGGCAGCUGCGAGCGAGUGGAAGCAGGAGGCCGUGGCCUGGGGCCGGGAGUACCUGAAGACGCACCCAGCAGGGAGGAGCCUGGCCACGCCUAUCGUGCUGGUCAAGCAGGGCCACGAGCCUCCCACCUUCACUGGAUGGUUCCACACCUGGGACCCCUACAAAUGGACGAACAAUCAGUCUUAUGAGGAGGUGGUGGAGGGCGGCAUGGGAGCAGUAUCUGCCAUCUCAGAGAGAACAGCACAGGUCAGCAGCUUCCGGCUGUCCAGAUCGCCACGCAAUGGCAGGGCAGGCCCGUUGGCCCUGUGGGCCCUCAAGGGCUCCAAGGACAGCUCCGAGAACGAGCUGGAGCGGGGCCCCAAGGCGGGCAGCGGCCCCAGAUCCGUGGCCAGCAGGAGCCUGCCCCGGGAACAGCUGAGGCACCAGGCUGUUGAGGACCUGCCGGAGGGUGUGGACCCGGCCCACAAGGAGUCCUAUCUCUCAGACUCUGAUUUCCAAGAUAUCUUUGGGAAGUCCAAGGAGGAGUUCUACAGCAUGGCCAAGUGGAGGCAGCAGCAGCAGAAGAAGCAGCUCGGCUUCUUCUGAACCCCGGCCCUGCCGGCUCCAUCUACGUGGCCAAGACGCCUGCCUGCGGGCACCUCCCCUACACAUAUACGAGCCCCCCGGGGAGGCCCUCCUGGCGCACCCUGCUUGGAGACUCCUGGGUCACUAAAAUAAAAGCCUGUGGCCUUCACAAGAUGUGGUGA